AUGUCGAAGAACGGAUCUCGUAGCUGUUUAGGUUCGAUGGACGAUAUCCGCAAAGUUUUCGAGCGAUUCGAUAAGAACGGAGACGGAAAAAUCUCCGUCGACGAGCUCAAGGAAGUGAUCCGUGCGCUUAGCCCCAACGCAUCGCCGGAGGAAACGGUGACGAUGAUGAAACAGUUCGAUCUCGACGGAAACGGAUUCAUCGACAUGGACGAAUUCGUCGCUCUUUUCCAGAUCGGAGCGAAUCAAGGAGGAGGAGGCGGAGGAGGAACCGGAAACGGAAACAACGAUGUUCGAGAUCUGAAGGAGGCGUUUGAGCUUUACGAUCUGGAUGGUAAUGGACGGAUCUCGGCGAAAGAGCUUCACUCGGUGAUGAAGAAUCUCGGUGAGAAGUGUUCGGUUCAGGAUUGCAGGAAGAUGAUUAGCAAAGUCGAUACUGAUGGUGAUGGUUGCGUUAAUUUCGAGGAGUUUAAGCGGAUGAUGAACAACGGCGGAGCUUGA